UUUGACCCGUGAAAUAACAACUUGGGUCAUAUUUCCUUUUCUAGCCAAAAGUCCAUUUGUAUCACUUUCCCUUUUGAUCAUCUUCAUUUUCUUCUCUAUUUUCGCCCCCAAAUUUAUUUAUUUUCCCCUCACGAUGGGAUCUAUGCUCCGGAUGAAUCGCCUUUUAUCUUCCAUCGUGGAAUCAUGUAACUGCAUCAUCGACCCACAGUUGCCUGCUGAUGACUUGCUAAUGAAGUAUCAGUACAUUUCUGAUUUUUUCAUAGCACUUGCUUAUUUCUCCAUUCCAGUGGAGUUGAUAUACUUCGUUAAGAAGUCUGCUGUUUUUCCAUAUAGAUGGGUUCUUGUGCAGUUUGGUGCUUUCAUAGUUCUUUGUGGAGCAACACAUCUUAUCAACUUAUGGACAUUUAAUAUGCAUACAAGGAAUGUGGCAAUAGUAAUGACUACAGCAAAGGUCUUAACUGCACUGGUGUCAUGUAUAACUGCUCUCUUGCUUGUCCACAUCAUUCCUGAUUUACUUAGCGUCAAAACUAGGGAGCUGUUCUUGAAAAAGAAAGCUGCACAGCUUGAUCGUGAAAUGGGUAUUAUUCGGACUCAAGAGGAGACAGGUAGACAUGUUAGAAUGCUAACUCAUGAAAUCCGAAGCACUCUUGAUAGACAUACUAUUUUAAAGACUACACUUGUUGAGCUAGGAAAAAUGUUGGCGUUGGAAGAGUGUGCAUUAUGGAUGCCAACACGUACUGGACUAGAGCUUCAACUUUCUUACACUCUUCGGCACCAAAAUCCAGUUGGAUUAACUGUACCCAUACAACUUCCUGUAAUCAAUCAAGUUUUCGGUACAAAUCGUGUCGUGCAAAUAUCACCAAAUUCACCCGUUGCAAGACUUCGACCUGCUGGGAAAUACAUGCCUGGUGAAGUAGUUGCUGUCAGGGUUCCACUUCUGCAUCUGUCAAACUUUCAGAUUAAUGAUUGGCCUGAACUUUCAACAAAGCGCUAUGCUUUAAUGGUUCUGAUGCUUCCUUCAGACAGUGCAAGACAAUGGCAUGUUCAUGAGCUGGAGCUUGUUGAAGUGGUAGCGGAUCAGGUUGCUGUUGCUCUCUCACAUGCUGCAAUUUUAGAAGAAUCAAUGAGGGCUAGGGAUCUUCUUAUGGAGCAGAAUGUGGCUCUUGAUCUGGCAAGAAGAGAAGCAGAAAUGGCUGUUCGUGCACGUAAUGAUUUCUUGGCUGUUAUGAAUCAUGAAAUGAGAACUCCCAUGCACGCGAUAAUUGCACUUUCUUCCUUACUACAAGAAACUGAUCUAACUCCGGAGCAGCGUCUGAUGGUUGAAACAAUUCUCAAAAGCAGCAACCUUUUAGCGACGCUCAUCAAUGAUGUCUUGGAUCUUUCAAGGCUAGAAGAUGGAAGCCUUCAACUUGAUAUUGACACUUUUAAUCUCCCCGCUCUAUUUAGAGAGGUCCUUAGCUUAAUCAAGCCUAUUGCAUCUGUGAAAAAGCUGUUCGUCACACUUAGUUUGUCGUCAGAUUUACCGGAAUAUGUAAUUGGGGAUGAAAAACGGUUAAUGCAAAUUCUCUUAAACAUUGUUGGCAAUGCUGUGAAGUUCUCAAAGGAAGGGAGUGUGUCAAUUUCUGCUUUCGUUGCAAAAUCAGAUUCUUUAAGAGAUCCUAGAGCCCCCGAGUUUUUUGCUGUGCCAAGUGAAAAUCAUUUCUAUUUACGAGUACAGGUAAAAGAUACAGGGAUAGGAAUUAAUCCGCAGGAUAUUCCCAACCUGUUUAGCAAGUUUACGCAAAGCCAAGCGCUAGCAACUACAAAUGCUGGUGGCACUGGGCUUGGCCUUGCAAUUUGCAAGAGGUUUGUGAAUCUUAUGGAAGGACAUAUCUGGGUUGAAAGUGAAGGUCUUGGCAAGGGGUCCACUGCUAUAUUUAUCGUUAAACUUGGCAUACCUGGAUGUGCAAAUGAAUCUAAGCUCCCCUUCAUGGCCAAAUUGACAGCAAAUCAUAUGCAGGUGACUUUUCAAGGAUUAAAGGUUUUGGUUAUGGAUGAUAACGGGGUUAGCAGGAUGGUAACCAAGGGUCUGCUUACACACCUUGGAUGUGAUGUAACAACUGUUGGCUCGCGUGAUGAGUGCUUGAGAGUUAUUACACAGGAACACAAGGUAGUGUUCAUGGAUGUUAGCAUGGCAGGUAUAGACUGUUAUGAAGUUGCUGUAGUGAUACAUGAAAGGUUUGGGAAACGUCACGGCAGGCCACUUAUUGUGGCACUGACGGGGAACACAGACAGAGUUACUAAGGAAAACUGCAUGAGAGUUGGUAUGGAUGGAGUUAUUCUAAAACCUGUGUCAGUGGAUAAAAUGAGGAGUGUUCUAUCUGAGCUUUUAGAGCAUGGAGUUGUACUUGAAUCAUCAUGAACGUAGGAGUUGGACGCGCGUAGGUGGGGGAGGUGUGUGGGGGGUGGGUGUAGGGUAGCUUCAUUACCAAGAGAAGUGUAUGUUAAGAGACCUCAAGAAAAUGUGCAGUAACCAUUUGAAAAUUCACCCAAAUGCACGAGUUGUUGUAUAUAGUUCCCCGCUUUGGGCAAAAGAAAGAAUUUUACUCUUGGCGAUUGCACAAUAUGCCACUGGAAGAAGGUGUAUGUAUCUGAUUAAAUGCGAUGCAAGGAUGAUAUUGCUGAGGACUUGUAACAAAUUUGUAGAAAGGAAUUGAUUUUUCCAAGUCAAUUCAUACUUGAAACAUUAGAAACAUUUGAAAAUUUUUCUGGGAAACUGUAUUGACUUGGCUUAACAUUUGGGGCAAAAACAUGAUUUGGUCAAUAGAUUACUCGUUCCUUUUC